UCGGUGCGGACUUCCGGUAUGUGUCUCUGUCUCACCGUGUGACGGAGCGGGACCGACUGAAGUUUCACAAACAACCCGGUACCGACGCAACCGGCUCACGCGGAGGCUCCGAGACCACCGGGAGCAGCAGACUCUCCGGGACGCCGGUAGAAGCUCGUAUAACGCCCCCCCAGAACCCGGUCCUCCUCCGCCCCGUGGGCCCGGAGAGCAGCGACGAGAGCAGAUGGAGCCCGCAGCGGCCAAAGCGAAGCCGCAGGGGCGGCUGCUGGGGUCCACGCAGCUGGACGCCAAGGACGAGCUGGAGGAGAGAUUGGAGCGUUGUGUUGGAAUCGUCCAGUCGUUGACCAAUGGGCUGUCGGAGAGAGAGGCCAAUGACGCGCUCACUGCCAACGUGUGUAAAGGCCCGCAACAGCAUGAGGAGGUGUGUCUGGGUCUGUUCUCCCUCGUCCUCACAGAGCCCACCCAGGCCCAGAGGUGUUAUAGGGACUUGACGCUGCUCAACAGAGACGGGAUGAAUGUGGUUCUGGUGAAGAUCAACCAGAUCCUGAUGGAAAAGUUCCUCAAGCUGCAGGACAUCCCCAGAACACAGCUGGUGUGGCUCAUCAGAGAGCUGGUGAAGAGUGGAGUGAUCGGAGCUGAUGGUGUCGUCAUGACGCUGCUGAAACAGAUUGCAGGUGGAGACAUUUCCACCAAGAACCUGUGGCUGGCUGAGGGCGUCCUGGACAUCCUGCUGGACCAGAAGGAAUGGGUGCUGAAGAGUGGGAUGCUGAUAGCGAUGUCGGUCUACACCUAUCUUCGCCUUAUCGUCGACCACGGAGCUCCAAACCUGCUGAUUCUACGUCAGAAAGAGGUCGACUACUGUAUCUCCAUGUUGAGGGAGAAGUUUAUGGAGUGUCAGAUCAUCGGCAGAGAUCUGGUUCGCCUGAUGCAGAACGUUGCUCGAAUUCCAGAGAUGGAGCUGGUGUGGAAGGACCUGCUGCACCAUCCACAAGUCCUCAGUCCUCAGUUCACUGGUGUUCUCCAACUGCUGACCGCUCGCACCUCCAGGAAGUUUCUGGCCUGUCGUCUCACACCGGACAUGGAGACGAAGCUGCUGUUCAUGACCUCCAGGGUGCGUUUUGGGCAGCAGAAGCGCUACCAGGACUGGUUUCAGAGACAGUACCUGUCCACAGCAGAGAGCCAAUCGCUGCGCUGCGAUCUGAUUCGCUACAUAUGUGGCGUGGUCCACCCGUCCAAUGAGGUGCUGAGCUCGGACAUUCUGCCGCGCUGGGCCAUCAUUGGCUGGCUGCUCACCACCUGCACGUCGAAUGUCGCCGCCUCCAAUGCCAAGCUGGCUCUCUUCUAUGAUUGGCUGUUCUUCAACCCUGAGAAAGACAGCAUCAUGAACAUAGAACCUGCGAUCCUGGUGAUGCAUCACUCCAUGAAACCUCACCCUGCCAUCACUGCUACACUGCUGGACUUCAUGUGCAGGAUCAUCCCUCACUUCUUCCCUCCGUUGGAGUCUCAGGUCCGUCAGGGCGUCUUCAACUCGCUCACCUUUAUCAUGGAGAAGAGAGUGCUGGCUCACCUCGCUCCGCUGUUUGAUAAUCCAAAGUUGGACCGAGAGCUUCGAUCGAUGUUGAGAGAGAGAUUCCCUGAGUUCUGCAGCUCGCCCUCCCCCCCGACUGAAGUCAAGAUGGAGGAGGCCACUUCUUUGGAGAUGGACAACAAUGUGUUGGACAAGGAGGAUGGUUGCUAUGACAACACAGAGGCUGCCUUCAGCGAUGAUGAGGAGGAAGUCCUCAACAAAGGCAAGAAGAGGGAGUUCAGGUUUCAUCCAAUCAAAGAAGCCGUGGUGGAGGAGCCCGCUGACAUCACACCUUGGCUCGACCAAUUAGACGACACCAUGAAGGAGAAAGUCCAGCAGCUGCAGAAAACCAGUGACACAGAGACUCAGUGUGAAGUGAUGCAGGAAAUUGUGGAUCUGAUCCUGGAGGAGGACUUUGACUCGGAGCAGAUGUCUGCUCUGGCUUCGUGUCUGGCUGAACUGUUUAAAGAUCACUUCAGAGGAGACGUCCUGCCAGACGAGAUCACUGAGGAGUCCCUGGAGGAGUCGGUAUCCAAACCCGUCUGCCUGGUCUUCAGGAACCUGGUCACCAUGCAGGAGGAUAACAGUGGAUUCUCUGUGCUGCUCGACAUGCUGGCUGAGUUCUAUCAGAAACAACCCAAGAUCGGGUACCACCUGCUCUACUACCUCAAAGCCAGUAAAGCGGCCAACGGUAAGAUGAUGCUGUACGAGUCCUUCGCUCAGGCGACGGCUCUCGGUGAUCUGCACACCUGUCUGAUGAUGGACAUGAAGGCGUGUCAGGAGGACGACGUCCGGCUGCUUUGCUACCUCACCCCCUCGAUAUACUCUGAGUUCCCAGAUGAGACGUUGAGGAGUGGUGAGCUGCUCAACAUGAUCGUGGCCGUCAUCGACUCCACACAGUUACAGGAGCUGAUGUGUCACGUGAUGAUGGGGAAUCUGGUGAUGUUCAGGAAAGACUCUGUCCUCAACAUCCUCAUCCAGUCUCUGGACUGGGAGACCUUUGAGCAGUACAGCACCUGGCAGCUGUUCCUGGCCCACAGCAUCCCUCUGGAGACCAUCAUCCCCAUCCUGCAGCACCUCAAGUAUAAAGAACAUCCAGAGGCCUUAUCCUGUUUGCUGCUACAGCUCCGCAGAGAGAAGCCAAGUGAGGAGAUGGUGAAGAUGGUCCUGAGUCGUCCCUGCCACCAUGAGGACCAGUUCACCACCAGCAUCCUGAGACACUGGGCGUCCAAAUAUGACGACUCACUGGGAGAACACAUCAAGGCCCAGCUGAUCAAGAACAACAACCAGCCCCGCAAGAGACAGAGUCUCCGCAGCUCCAGCAGUAAACUGGCUCAGCUGACCCUGGAACAGAUCCUGGAGCACAUGGAUAACCUGAGGCUGAGUCUGAGCAACAGCAAGAACAACUUCUUCACUCAGACUCCGAUCCUUCAGGCUCUGCAGCACGUUCAAGCCAGUUGUGAUGAAGCACACAAGAUGAGGUUCAGCGACCUCUUUGCUCUGGCCGAGGAGUACGAGGACUCCCAGUCGAAGCCCCCCAAGGCUCGCCGUAAAGCCCCCGCCUCCUCGCCACGCUCCCGGAAAGGAGCGGCCCCGCCCACCAACAACGAGGAGGAGAGCGCCUCCAGCAGCGCCUCGGAGGAGGAGGACUCCAAGCCCAAACCCCCGAAGAGGAAGAGGAAAGGCUCGUCGGCCGUCGGCUCGGACAGCGACUGACGGGCGCUCGGACCAAUCGGACGCCGGACGCCAAACCUGAGAGAGGCCCCGCCCCCUCCCGACAACAUGCACUGACCGCCACGGGAGGGGCGGUGCUUGGACACGCUCGGACUUAUGCUGUUUCCACGGAGGAGACCGGUGGGUCAAAGGUCGCCGUGUGGUGGUUUUCCCAUGAUGCACUUUGAGGAGGAAUCCGGGAAUUCUUUUAAUACAGGGAAGAUGAUGAUGAUGAUGAUAAUGAUGAUGAAGAUGAUGAAACACAAUGAAGAAGAGUGUGGUUGUUUGUGGGUACUCCUGUCCCCCCUUUUGCAUUUUCUCUUUUUUUUUGGAGGGGGGGGGGGGCUCUGGACUCUGGACUCUUAUUGUGGAGGAUCAGGACUUCCUGCUGUUUUGAGCAGCUCCUUCCUGUCUGUCCCGCUGCAGUAAAACUCUGCGUCUGUUCAUCAAGUUGUUUGUUACAUUUUAUCAGUUUGUCAAAAAACAUAAAAACGUCAAAGUGU